UGUUCCACCCUUAACUUCCGGUUCCGGGGAAGGGCUAAAUUUUCUUGGAUGGUUAGGGGCUCUCGGAUCUAGGAUGGCUGUCUUGUCGCUUCUGUUGUUGGGUGGUUUAUGGAGCGCUGUGGGAGCGUCCGAUAUGGCUGUCGUUACUUGCGGCUCCGUGGUGAAGCUACUCAAUACGCGCCAUAAUGUCCGGCUGCACUCUCACGACGUGCGCUAUGGGUCAGGUAGUGGGCAGCAAUCAGUGACAGGUGUAACCUCUGUGGAUGACAGCAAUAGUUAUUGGAGAAUACGGGGGAAGACAGCCACAGUGUGUGAAAGGGGAACCCCCAUCAAAUGUGGCCAGCCCAUCCGACUGACACACAUCAACACUGGUCGAAACCUCCACAGCCACCAUUUCACGUCACCUCUUUCUGGAAACCAGGAAGUGAGUGCCUUUGGCGAGGAAGGUGAAGGUGACUAUCUGGAUGACUGGACAGUGCUCUGUAAUGGACCUUACUGGGUGAGAGACGGUGAAGUGAGAUUCAAACAUUCUUCCACUGAAGUUCUCCUGUCUGUCACGGGAGAACAAUAUGGCCGACCUAUAAGUGGACAAAAGGAGGUACAUGGUAUGGCCCAGCCAAGUCAGAACAACUACUGGAAGGCCAUGGAAGGCAUCUUCAUGAAGCCCAGUGAAUUGUUGAAGGCAGAGGUCCAUCAUGCAGAGCUGUGACUCUAAAUCCUCUGUGCCACUGUCACCACACAGUGUUUGUAGACGUCUGUUGCUGCUUUGCCCUUGGAGCCCUGCUCCAGGCUCUCUGAGAUGAAGGGGCACUGUAGGAAGCAGGGGCUGCGUUUGGGCCUGCUGCCUUCACACUUGAAUUGGUCGCUUUCCCCAAUUUGGUCAGUUCUCAAGAGAGGACCUGUCCAUGAGGGCAGAGAUCCUUUCGUUCAUGUUGAUAAGAGGAAGCUGAGGAACUUCCCUCCUAGCUGGGGAUUUUUUUACUCCUCCGACAUCAUGGAUUGCUGACUUGUCUGAUUUUCCCCUAGUUUUCUUUUUCCAAAAUGAUAAAUAAAAAAAAUAAAAGAAUUUUA